AUGUUUCAGUUCGUUCUGUGUUCCAUCUUGAGUGUCGCGGUUGCUGCACCAGGUCAUGUUAUUCACUCAGCCCCACUUCAACCUACUCCAAUUGUUGAGGAGUCCGUAGAUGUACCCUUAGCUCCAGCAGUUCACUUAGCAACAGUAGUGAACGCAACUCCAGUAGUUCACUUAGCAACAGUAGUGAACGCAACUCCAGUUGUUCAUGUCGCACCAGUCGUUGCCCAUCCAAUCGCUGUAGCUCACCACCACCCAGUUGCCGUUAGUCAUUCAUCAUCACAUGUUGUUCACCAUUCAACGCCAGUGACUAAAGUAGUUUCCACUCCUGUUGUUGCCCACCACCUUUCCCCAAUCCAUGUUUCUCAUCAUGAAGCCCAUCCAGGACAUCACGAAGCCCAUCCAGGACAUCACGAAGCCCAUAAAGUUCAUUACGAGUCCCAUCCAGUACAUGUUGUUCCCGUUGUGAAAACUGUAGUUCCUGUGGUGAAGACCGUUGUCCACUCUGCACCAGUUUCACAUUCCUCCUCAUCGUCAUCAGUUGUACACCAUGACAGCCCAGUUGUACAUCACAGCGGUCCAGUCGCACAUCACAGCGUACAUCACAGUGGCCCAGUGGUACAUCACGGCAGCCCAGUCAUACAUCACAGCAGCCCAGUCAUACAUCACAGCAGCCCAAUCAUUGCUGUUCAUCAUUAAAUUCGAUGAAUCACCAUUUAGGAGCCAUUCUCGACGUAUACAGUCAAAGAGUAAAAUAUUGUAAUAGAAGAUGUUCAAAAGAAUUAAAGAA